GUUCACCAUCCUCCGUCCCCCAACUUUGCCCACCCGUGUGCUAUAGAUCAUGGCCGCCGAACGCGAUCAGCUCACCAGUCGGGUCAUCCCGCAGAUAACCCUUUCGACUCGCGAGAACCCCUUGACGGCCGUGAAGAAGAUACCCGACACCGUAACCAAUCCCGCUGAACGUGCAGCCCUCCGCUUCGCGAUCUCUGGGAACGGCAUCAUUGCUGGCGGAUCUGGCGCCCUUGGUCUGGAGUUCGCACGAGGGCUGUUGGAGCACGGUGCACGCGGUGUUUGCCUGUUCGACCUUGAGCCAUCGUUCGCGCAGUCGCAGGCGCAGAUCGAGAAGCUCAGGACAGAUUUCCUGGACAGAAAAAUUGUGACGGCGGUCGUGAAUGUUGCUGACAAUGACACCGUCGAAGCCGGCGUCUCCAAGGCUGCUGCUGAGCUCGGCAGUGUUGACUUCCUGGUCUGCUGUGCUGGAAUCGUCUGCACUGCGCAUGCCACCGACCACUCAGUGCGCGAUUGGCAAAGAGUUUUGGACGUCAACACGACGGGUACUUGGCUUUGCGCGCAGGCCGUUGGCAAACAAAUGAUCAAGCAGCAAACUGGCGGCAGCAUCAUCUUCAUCGCCUCCAUCUCCGGGCACUCGGUCAACUUCCCGCAACCGCAGGUUGCAUACAACACCUCCAAAGCCGCCGUCCUGCACAUCAAAGACAGCCUCGCCGCAGAGUGGGCGCGCUAUGGCAUCCGGGUUAACAGCAUCAGCCCGGGCUACAUGGACACCAUCCUCAACGAGGGCGACGGCCUGGAAGAGUGCCGGCGAGUCUGGUACGCGCGGAAUCCGAUGGGCAGGAUGGGGGAUCCCAGUGAGAUCGUUGGCGCCGGCAUACUAUUGACGAGUCUGGCUGGAAGGUAUAUCAACGGGGCUGAUAUUGUGGUGGAUGGUGGCGGCCUGGUUUUCUAAAUGUGGUGCCAACGAUAAAU